AACCUCAGUGGACCUUCAGUGUUGGCGGUGGGGCUGCAUUGUGUCUGUGCUUGCUCUGCAGGGCAGUGCAGCCGCCUCCUCCCACCCCAGCUGGGCUCUCUCCAGCUCCUUCAUGGCAAUGGCACCGAUGUGGGAUCAGUGCUCAUGUUCCAGUGCCCUGCUGAGCACCAGCUGGAGGGACCAGGCAUCGUCUCCUGCGUUUGGAAAGGGAACAGCACGCAGUGGACAGCCGGAGUGCCCUCCUGCAAGCCCAUAUCAAAGUACGAGACUUUUGGCUUUAAGGUCGCAGUGAUUGCCUCCAUUGUGAGCUGUGCUGUCAUUCUGCUGAUGUCCAUGGCUUUCUUAACUUGCUGUCUGAUCAAGUGUGUGAAGAAAAGUGAGAGGAGGAGAACUCAAAGAGAAAUGCAGCUGUGGUACCAGCUAAGGACUGAAGAACUAGAGCACAUGCAAGCUGCUUACUUUGGUUAUAAGGGAAGAAACAUUAACAACAACAAUAAGAAACUCAGGAAUAUUUCUGUAUUUGGUGAUGUGACUAACAUGGCAUAUGACAACCAAGGCUUCUCCAGGUGCCAGGAAGAGUGGAGUCGGGAUGAUGUCGUUGCCAGGUGUUGCAAAGGCAGCAGUCACCUGCUGAAGGCAGCCAAGAGCAGUGGUGCUCCUGGGACACACGCAGGACCAAGACACAACACCACACUGCAGACAGUGAACUCCAUACACGUUGUUGAAGUCUACAGUCAUAAGGAUAGCUACAACAAACAAACCUGCCAGAUACCUGGAUAGCUGGUGUCUGAAAUGCAACUGCUUGUCUGGACCAAAAUGAAAUUUUGAUAGAAAAUGUGCCUUAAAGACAACAUAGAUAGUUCAUUAUUCAUAUGAAUUGUAAGUUUUAUAUAUUCCAAGAUGGUUAUUUAACAGAAAUGCUUCAAGGUCUCAUACAAAUAAAUAUAUGAAUGUUGAGGCUGUCGGUCCAGAGCUGUUCUCUGCUGUGUGCUGUGCAGUGUGACCAUGGCAAAAGCAUAAUGUCCUUCUGCACAGCUAGAGAGUGGUACCCAGUUUGCAUAUUUGCCUCAUAUGAGGUUGCCAAUAAUAAUUACACAACACUCAGAUUCCAGUCUUCUCUGAACCAGUGGGUUUUGUAAGAAUUUCAGAAAUAAAACUCCCCCAUAUUUUUACAAAGUAGCACGGUAGAACUACCAAAAAAUGGUUUUAAUUAAAUGCCCCAUCGUUUUGGAUGAGGGAGGUCUUUAAUCUGCUCUGCAUUUAGGGACCAUGUGAGACUGGUCAAAGGCCCAUCUGCAGGUCUGCCAGCCUGCAGGAGAGGAGAUGACAAAGGGAGGGAUGUGGUGCUGUGCUGUGCCACACCUUGGGCCCCCAUCCCUGACCUCCUGUAGCUCCUGCAGGUGUCCCAGUGCGAGAGCAGCUGCUGUGUGAGUGGAGACAGUGGUGCAGCCUUCCUGGAGCAGCCAGCUCGGGAUCACUGCAGCAUCAUCCCUGUGAGAGCUCUCUAAAUAAAGGGCUGAGGUAGCUUUUGAAAGCCUGCCUUCUUUUCCUAUUGUUAAUCUGUUCAUCGUAUGAGAAAACAAGGUGGGUUUUUUUCUUGUUUUGUCCCUUUUAAAUAGUUAAGUCAGGUUAAAUAUCUGAUAUGGCUCUUUUUCUACUGUUUAUAUGCAAAUAAAUCCUACUUAUAG